UCAAAUAAACUCUCCGGCAUUUGGACACGCGGCUUCGAUCUGCGUCUCUCAGCCGCCGAGUCUCUCGUCUUUUCUCCGUCGUCUCCUGCGUUUUUUACGCCCAAUCAAGACCCCUCACGUUGUCGACAUGGCCGUCAGGAAGAAGCUGGAAGGGUACCAGUUCUGGGAGGAGACCCUGAAGAAGGCGCGCUACGUCGUGGCUCCCAUGGUGGACCAGAGUGAGUUGCCAUGGCGACUGCUGAGCCGCAGGCAUGGCUGCCAGCUCGCUUUCACGCCCAUGUUCCACGCUGCGCUGUUUUCGCGAGAGGAAUCAUACUUCAGGGAUGCCAUGCAGACGUGUCCCGAAGACAGACCUCUCAUUGUGCAGUUCUGUGCGAAUGACCCCAACGUCCUGGUGCAGGCUGCCCUGCUGGCCCAGGACCACUGUGAUGCCAUAGAUCUCAAUCUGGGAUGUCCUCAGUCUAUCGCUCGAAGGGGUCACUACGGGGCAUUCCUACAGGAUGACUGGGACCUGUUACGUAGGAUGGUCUCUGCUGUCCAUGAGCGGUGCUCCGUGCCUGUAACCUGUAAGAUCCGAGUCUUCAAUGACAUACAGAGGACUGUAGAGUACGCCCAGAUGCUGGAGAAGGCAGGUUGCCAGCUCCUGACAGUCCAUGGACGUACAAAGGAACAGAAGGGGAGUCUUACAGGCCUGGCCAGCUGGGAGCACAUAAAAGCUGUCAAGGACAAUGUGAAGAUCCCUGUCUUUGCCAAUGGGAACAUCUUGAACCUCCAGUGUGUUGAGAAGUGUCUGAAGGAAACGGGUACAGAUGGAAUCAUGACUGCAGAGGGAAACCUGCACAACCCUGCCCUGUUUGAGGGGAGGAACCCUCCUGUGUGGGAGAUGGCUGAUGAGUACUUACAGCUGGUCAGGGAGAACCCGUGUCAGCUGUCUGCAGUCAGGGGACAUCUCUUCAAACUCUGGCAUCACAGCCUACAGAUCCACACAGACAUGAGGACUGCCUUGGCACAGGGCAAGACUUUCGACAGCCUGGUUGCUGUGUCUGAAGAAAUGAGGAAGCGUUGUCAGGAGGAGGCAUCAAAGCCUGGUGCAGAUCAGCCAACUAAUGGCUUACCCUUCCCACACUGGAUCUGUCAGCCCUACAUCAGGCCAAGGGGUGACCAGAAAGAGAGGGAGCUAGCCAACAAGGAGCGACCACCAAAGCGGCACUUAAUCCAGGAGGGAGAGAAUGCCGGGUUGUCACGGAACCAGAUCAAACGGAGGAUGCGAUACCCGCACAAGAACUUCAUCAGCAAAGGCUUGGGGCCAUGGAUUGCUUGUGAGAAAUGCGGAAACCCAAAGGGACUGAACUGUGUGUUUAACUUGUGUCGAGCCUGCUGUAAAGUCCAGGCACAUGCCGAGAAGAUGGACUGUCCAAGUCAUCGACUCUGGUUCAAAACCAAGGAGGAGCGACGGAAGUUAUGGGAGGCAAAGAAGCGGCAACGAGAAAAUACAAUCGACGCACCUGCAGACAACAAAUCACCUGAUCCAGACAAUCCACAGAAUUCUGUUCAGAAGGAAGACAGCUCAAUGACUGCUCAGGUUGAUGAGAAGUGUGAAACAAAUGGGAAAGAGACACAGGCCCUUCAGCAUGGGGAGGGCCCAGUACUGUCAGAAAAGGCCUCUGAGGUGUCACCUCCUCUCAUCCAAGACCCCAAAGGUGCAGAGAAUGCUGAGGAGUUACCUGAUGUGAAGAAUGGGGACAUUCAGGACUCCCCACCUACCAAAGUGUGCCUGCUUGAUGCAGAAUGAGACACAGCAGGCCUGGGGCAGACCAUGGGGGACACGGAAGCUAAGAUGAAGUAAACAUUUGAGUGCUACGGGUAACAAAAGAACAGGAAGGGAGGAAAAUGGACCAAAUAAACCCAGGGUAGUGCAAGUGUUCAGGAAAUGUUUUAUCCUGUAAUCUAACAAAUUAGUCUUUGGGUUGUUCUAUGAGAAGUAAAAGAACAAAUUUAUGGUAGAUCUAAACUAUGUCAUUGUCUUAUUUUAGUUUUAUUACCUUUACUUGUAUGCUGUAUUUAGUAGUUUAUGGUUUGAACCAAUGGUUUCAAGUGGACUUUUGCAUGGUGGCAAAAUGUCAGUGUAAAGUCAAAUCUCAUACAGGUACUGUGAUUCUUUCCUUCUAGUUCACAUUGACAGGAACAAUUUGCAAUCAAGGAAAAUAAAAUGUGAAAGCAAUACUCUGGUAGUGACAGUAACAUGAGACUGUGGUACAUCUUUGUUUGCUUGAAAAGUUAAAUAUUUCAGUCAAUUUUGCCACAAGCUGUUUCAAAAUGUCUCUGAAUGUAUGUAGCAACAUUGUGGUAAAAAGAAUUGGGCAUGCAUUAUUUUUCAGAGGGUGCAAUGUGGAAAACGUCUCACUAUAGGAAACACAGGCAAGUUCUAAGAUAAGAACAUGAGUUCCAGACAGCCUGCUUCAAUACUGAUAGGACUAUUUAUAAUAUGAGUAAAAAAAUACUGAAUAUUUGAAAUAACUAUGUGAACAGUAACUAUUUUUGUCUAUUUGUAAAUGGUGUAAUGAAAAAGUUUGUAUCAAUAGCCAGUGUGUGCUUUAUGAUGUCAAGCGUGCUUUAUAUGUUUUGAUAAAGACGGAAACUAUAUCACUGGAGAUGCACUGGUAUGAAACUCUUGUUGACAAACAAAAUACUGUAAGGCCUUCAUCUGAGCAAAUAUUCUGGCUAGCUCACUGUCAGUACUUCUGAUUGAGUUGAUAUAACAGGAUUGUACUUAAGACUAAGUGUAACCAAGGGUGAUUAAUAAACCUUGGUGUAACUGCUCUUCUUUCA